AUGACCGAUGAUUCCAAUGAUGAUCCUUUCGAGGCGAAAAGGAAGAGAAGUUCGGAGAAGCGAAAGACCGAAAAAGCGACUUUCGUCCUCAGCAGUGGCAAGGAUCCGAUUUCCGUUCAAUUUCCUUCGGGAUAUGAACCACACACGGAAGACACUUCCUAUCGAAAAGAUGUGCCAAAUGAAAACUAUCACAUAAUUGGCGAGGGAAAGUAUUCGUAUGUGAUAGCCGCCAAACUCGAUUACAACCAUGUGGAGGGCAAGAACUCGGACACAAAUUCAAAGCCUAAUAUGAUGCAUGUCACGUGCAAACGCUAUGAUCUGGGGCAGCUGAAGAAUACGUUCGAUGGCUACACAAGAAUCAGACGGGAGCUGCAAAUCUGUCGCUUGCACCGUCACGAGAAUAUCGUCGACUUUUACGAGGUGUUCACCGAGCCAGCUGUUGGCUCACCGAUGUUUAUCUACGUUGUCUCCGAGAGGAUGAACCAUAGUCUAGCCAAGUAUUACGAGAUUUUGACAACCAAGAAGAUAGAAGAGGUCGACGUUCUUCACUUGGGCGCCCUUCUGACGCAAAUACUUCGAGCGCUCAGCUACCUCCAUCAGCGGGGAAUCAUGCAUCGGAAUGUCUCACCAAUGAACAUCGGCAUUAACACGGGAACUUUCACGGUGAAGCUCUUCGAUUUCGGAUUGGCCAGAGAAAUAAACGUGAAUCUCGAUCAUUCGACAAACGUCGAGACCUUGCACUACUACAAAGCUAUUGAGGGCCUCUUACGGGAGCCAUACGAUAUGAAAAUCGACAUUUGGGCCGCAGCACUCGUUGCCAUCGAGCUGCUUGGCUUGAAGCUUUUCUGGCCGUCUGGCACGGAAAAAGACGUGCUCGAGCUGGUUCGUCGUCGCGGCGCCGAGAACGCGAUCAAAGAUCGAGUUUUUGAGGUCCUCGGCGUGCCCACGGACAGAUACAAAUCAAUAUUCUCUCGGCCGGUCUUCAAGGAACCCUGUGUUUCGACCCUCGAAAAGGUGCUAAUGAACGAGACCAAGCGAAAAAUCAAAGAUAAAGACCAAAGCGAAAUAACAGGCGUAAAUUUCCGUGAUUUGGUGACCCGGAUGCUGAAUCCCGAUCGUCAGAAGAGACUCAGUGCCGACGAGUGUCUAAAGCAUCCGUUUCUGAAGGCUUUCAAUAAAACCUACCAAGAGAAGUCGGUUAGCAGUCAACCAAAAACUGACGACCAAUUCCAAAAACGCAAUGAGAACGACAAAAACAUGGUCCUGAAAGAGCUGAAGGCUGGUCUGACUCAGCUGUCCUUUCGUCCAGAGCUAUCGAUGCCA